AUGCUUGGUGACUUGUAUCUGAACGAAAACUUGCUCUCUGGUCCAAUGUCAUAUUGCUUGGGGGAAAUCAAAUCCUUGAGAAGAGUCUUCUUGCACCUCAAAAAUUUGAAGUCCACAAUUCCAUUGAGUUUUUGGAACCUUAAUGAUCUCUUAAGUCUGAACCUGUCUUCGAACUCUUUAAGAGGUGAUAUUCCCUCGCAGAUUCGGAAUCUUAAGGUCAUAAUAGACUUAGACUUAUCAUGGAAUCAAUUAUCCAGUGAUAUUCUAAGUUCUUUCAGCGCUGCUCAAUCACUUGUUUUCUUGUCCUUGGCACACAAUACUUUUCGAGGUCACAUUCCUCAAUCUAUAGGAAAUUUCAUAAGCUUGGAGUAUUUGGAAUUGUCUCACAAUGAUUUUUCUGGAACAAUUCCACAGUCAUUGGUGAAGCUUGGAGGCCUCAAUUACUUCAAUAUGUCUUUCAAUAGACUGGAAAGCGAAGUUCCAGCCAGUAGACCAUUUGCCAACUUUACUGCUCAAUCGUUUUUCCGAAAUCGUGGUUGUUGA